AUGGCUCUUAUGAUUGAGAAAGAUACUAUCAUUGAUAUAGAGAGCUGUCUUAGCACGAUCAAAGAACUCGAAACACCCGAUGUUUCAAACCUUAAGGUCGGUGAAAACACGAUAAAAGUAUGCGGUUUGCCUAUGAGUGUUGAUGAUCUAGCCAAGUGUAGUGAAAAUUCACAGAUUAGCCCGAAUUCAGUCAAGAAUGCUAAAAAGGAAAAGCGGUUCUCGAUGAGCGCUAAGAAGCCGCCCAAACCCCCACGGCCCCCGAGAGGGCUGUCUUUGGAUGCGGCCGAUCAGAAGCUGAUCAAAGAGAUUUCCGAACUAGCCAUGAUUAAGCGUGCUAGGAUAGAGAGAAUGAGGGCAUUGAAGAAGAUGAGGGCAGGGGCAAAAGCGUCAUCCGGCACGGCCUCGUCCAGCGGCAACUUGAUUGCGAUGCUCUUCACGGUUGUCUUUUGCGUCGUGGUUAUUUUUCAAGGUUGCCAUCCUUUGCGGAUAUUGCCGAGUAAUAGCUCCACCACUAAAAUAAUGCAUUCCUCAACGCCAAAUGGAGCAAAUGAGCGCCAUUUUCUCGGUGUUGUAAAUCAAUAUUGGAGUUCAUCUACUACUAAUGUAAACACACCGUCCGGUUCUGGAUCUCCCAGUUAUGUGGACCUGGCUCCUGGUUUAGAUAACAAUGAGGAUGCCAAUAAUCGCCCUGUCGAGUAA